CUAGGGUUUUACAAGGGUACAGUCUCACUCCCAUUUCCCAAUUUCAAAACAUGGCUGAAAACUCACCUCCGCCGCCGCCGCCGCCGCCGCCGUCGUCGCCUCCUCCAUCAGAAGAACUACCCGACCCGAAAAGGCAGAAAAUGUCAACCACCACCACCUCCACCACCUCCGACGAAGAAAUUCCCCAAAACGGCGACGCAAUUCCCAGAGCCCCCAAGUACAAGCGCCGCAAAGUCGCGAUUUUCUUCGCCUACUGCGGCGUCGGCUACCAGGGGAUGCAGAAAAACCCCGGCGCCAAGACAAUCGAGGGCGAUUUCGAGGAAGCCCUCUUUUUCGCCGGAGCGAUCCCCGAGGACGAGCGGGGCUUGCACAGGCGGUUCGAUUGGGCCCGGUCCGCCCGGACCGACAAGGGCGUCAGCGCCGUGGGGCAAGUGGUGUCGGGCAAAUUCUUCGUCGAUCCGCCCGGUUUCGUGGAGCGGCUGAACGCUCACCUUUCUCCGCAGAUUAGGGUUUUCGGGUACAAGCGCGCGACGCCGUCGUUUAAUGCGAAGAAGUUCUGCGAUCGGCGGAGGUAUGUCUAUUUGGUGCCUGUUUUCGCGCUUGAUCCGUCGUGCCAUCGUGAUAGGGAGAGCGUGAUGGCCAGCGUUGGAUCGGGGAAUGAGCUUGUGAAGUGUGUUGGGUGCUCAGAGAGAGGGAGGAAGGUUUUUGGUGCUGUUGGAAAGCGCACUUUUGGUUCUGGCAUUUCGUCGAACAAUGGGAGUGUGUUAGUGGAAAAUGAAUCCGUAACUGAUGUCUCUGUGCUUAAGCCUAGUGUUGAAAAUGGGAAUGGUGAAGCUCCGAAAAUCGAGAAAUUUUCGAAAUUGGAGCAGGUUAGCGAAGUUUCAGUCUAUGAGAUUGCAGAAAAACGGAACGAUAACGGUGGCAAUGGUGCUGGAGAUGUUGAGGAUGCUGUGAAAAUCGAGCAAAAGAGCGAGUUCUGUUACGGGGAGGCUGAGAAGGAGAGGUUCAAUAGGAUUCUCAAGUCGUACGAAGGGACUCACAACUUUCACAAUUUCACUACCAGAACCAAAGCCGAGGAUCCUGCUGCUAAGCGAUACAUUUUGUCGUUCAACGCAAAAACUGUGCUGAACAUUGACGGAAUGGAUUUCAUAAAGUGUGAGGUCGUGGGGCAGAGCUUCAUGCUUCAUCAGAUACGGAAGAUGAUCGGUCUUGCUGUUGCGAUCAUGAGGAACCUCAGCCCCGAGUCGCUGAUUGAGAAAGCUUUCGAGCAGAAGGUGAACAUUAACGUGCCCAUGGCGCCUGAAGUCGGGCUGUAUUUGGACGAGUGCUUCUUCUCGUCGUACAAUCAGAAAUGGAAACACACCCAUGAGGAGCUGUCGAUGAAGGAUUAUGCAGAGGAAGCUGAGGACUUCAAAAUGAAAUACAUUUAUUCGCACAUUGCUGCAACCGAGCACAAGGAUGGGGCUGUGGCCGUGUGGCUACAUUCUUUGAACUACCGCAACUAUCCAGACUUGCGCUAUGAAGAUAAGGUGGCGGAUGAGUGCCCGAGCACGGAGGUAGCUCCAAUUGCUGAUGGAAAUGAGGCGGUCGAAAACUGCCUAGGCUCGAAGACCACUCCCGUUCCUGAGGGAAUUAAGGCGGUGGAUGAGUGCCCAAGCACGGAGGUAGCUCCCAUUGCUAAUGGAAAUGAGGCGGUCGAUAGCAUCCCAAGCUCGAAGAUCACUCCCGUUCCUGAGGGAAGUAAGGUGGUUGAUGAUUGCCCGAGUUCGGAGGUGGAGAAGGGCGAAAAAAUGAAUGUGGAUGAGUGAGUAAGGUUUGAACUUAACCUUCUAAUGUAUUGAAUUUUGCAGUGUUUUUUUGUCAUUUUGAUACAGUAUUCUAUAACUUGAAAUUAUAGAAAAUAUCACAUGAUUUUUAGUUGUGUAACUGUGUAUGAUCAUUGAGAUCAAUGCUGUUUUAAGAACCAGAAAUUAUAUUUAUAA